CUCUGCUCAGAUCAUGUGGUUGAAUCAAGGCUUAGAAUGUGCUGUGGAGAUGGGGUUCAAUUAUUCCAAGUUAUAUGAGAAUAAUUUUGACUAUGAGAGCCAAGAACGACAACAACUGAUUCUGAAGGAUCUCUGUACUUCAACAAUUCCAUUUCCAGAAAGCCGCUGUAAGAACACCUCUUCUUUUUCAGUGGCCCUCUUGGCGAUUGUCUGGGCCUUUAACACCAGUGGAGUUCUGCUCAGUUUUUUCCUCAUCGUCUUCACAAUUCGCUUCAGAAAAAAUAGGAUUGUGAAAAUGUCUAGUCCAAACUUGAAUGUUGUGACUCUCCUGGGCAGUGGCUUGACUUACGGCAGUGUGUAUCUCUUUGGAAUUGAAAAACAGAAUCCACUGAGCAGACCAUCUUUAGAGAUGCUGAUUCAAGUGAGAAUUUGUAUAUUGUACAUAAGUGGUUCCUUGGCUUUGGGCCCUAUCCUGGGAAAGAGUUGGCGUUUAUACAGAGUGUUCACUCAAAAGGUACCAGACAAAAGAGUGAUUAUCAAAGAUUUUCAGCUGCUGGUAAUGUUAUUACUGUUAGUUCUGGCUGAUAUUAUCCUGCUCUUCAUAUGGAUCUCCUUGGACCCAGUCCAGUGUCUCCAAAAUCUUAAUGCAGAUGUGAAGGUCACUGACAAAGGAUUGAGUUACACACUAAGUUAUGGAUACAUCUGUAAAUCGCUCUAUUCUGAAUUUUGGUUUAUUCUUCUUCUGGGAUUUAAGGGAAUCCUACUGAUAUAUGGAAUUUACCUUGCAGGUCUAACAGAUAAUCUCAGUUGCCCACCAGUUAAUCAGUCCCUGACACUCAUAAGUGCAGUAGCCAUUAUUUUCCUCUUUAUUGGAAUUAUGCUGGUGGUUAAUAGUUUUUUCUAUUUGUGGCACAAUCUGAUAUAUGGAUUAACUUCAGGAGGAAUCUUUGUCUGUAUGUCUUCAAUAAAUUGUUUGAUCUUUAUCCCACAGAUCAGACAGUGGAAGACUUUUGAAAAACAAGAAGUUGAUACCAGCAACAUGGCCAAAUAUUUUACAGGUUCCAACAAGAAUUUCCAUUCUACAAUGUAUAGUGAUGAAGAGAUAUACCAGCUGCUCGGCGAAAAAAAUACUAUGGUGCAGCAGCUUGCAGAGAAAGAUACAGCAAUUGCAAAUCUUCAAGAACAAAUGAACACUGUUAAGGAGAAGUUGAUGAGACUGGUGGCUAUAGAGCAGGGAUUGGGGACCUCUGCUAUAGAGGAUAACCACAGUGUUGUUGGUUCUCCAUUUCUUUCUAUGUCCCAUUUAUUGCCUUCUCAUUCUACAGCUAAUUUUUCUUCAGUGGCAACUGAAAAUCUACCAUUUUCAUUUAGCCAGGAGCUGAAACCAUGGCAGAAUUCUAAUCUCUCAAAUUCACAAUACUUAGCAGGAUUACUUAGUAAAAAAAGGUCUAUUGAUGACCUAGAACAUACAGAUCAAGAGAACAUAUCAUUAGACAUUACUGCUAAGUGUAAACUAGUGAAUAAGAAGAAUUCAGGUGCUAAGUAUGAUGAAGAUCAAUGGUUUUCCCAAUCCAGCACUUUACUUACUAGGGAGAAGCUACAUGAACACAAUUUCAGCACACUGAGCAAAGGAGCAAGACAGCGACAUUUUUCAGUACUGAACCAAAAGCAAAGCCCAGAAGUAAGUUCUCCAAGCAAUAAAAAAAUUCAAGAAAUCUUGCAGGACCUGAGUGAGAAUCACAUUACUAUAACACAACCAUUUUCCAGGGAACUCAAGUACAAUUAUGAAAGGAGAAUGAUAUUGCAACCAAAAAAGAUUGAAAAGAAAGUCCCCUUCAAUUUUUCUAGUUCCAUGGCCUCCAGUAUUCAGUGUGGUGUGAAUAAAUCAGCCAGCAGAAUGCAAAGAAUGAGCAGAUUAAUAGAAUACCCUUCAUCAGCACCAAGAAGCACCAAGGAUGGAGAUUCUUUGCAUCAGCUUCCACCUUUGCCAUCACUGGUGCUUAAGAACCCACUGCAAACUAAGCCUGACAGUGGGUUUGAAUCAUUAUACAAUGAAGGCUAUGGCUUGCUGCUAGACAAUCAUCUAGUAGGGAACUAUGCAUCCACAUUGUAUCCCACAAACAUGAGGAAUUUUCAUUAUCAGCAGAAAGAUUUUCUGACAAAAGCUAUUCCAGGUCUUUCUCCCUUCCAGCAUUUUUACUUUGAUUCUGGCAGCAGUUCUUCUGGGGAGGGAGCCUAUUGCCACCAAACACAGGCUUGUGAAAUUUGCCAUUGCAGUCUCUCUUCUUCUAGUGACAGCUGCAUGAUUGACACAGAUCCUGAAUAUAGUACAUUAGAUUAUGCAAAACUUUAUAGCAAAGCUAAACAAAUUGUGAAUUUCAAUGAAGAUUUGGAACCCACUUAUGUAUAA